AUGAGGAAGAAGAAGAAAAGCAACAACUUUCAGCUAUUAAAUUUGUUUAUGUUUCUGGGUUUAUGCGUUGAAGAUGGCGGCAUUGGAGUUCGCGGCGGCGUUGGAGUCGGAGUAUGCGGUGGUGGCGGAAACCCAAUGUCGUCGUUACUAAAUCAAGACUUUAAGAAAUUGAAUCAAAUGAUUAAAAUGGUCAACAUCGCUUCUGUUUAUGGAGAAUGGGUGAGAAAGGACAAUAUGUCGUGGCAUUUUGAGGUUGACUAUCGCAAAGGAGGGAGAACUGGGAUGGUUGUACACAUGAUGAGCUUGUUCAAAUGCCUUAGAUGA